UGCAGUCGUUUAGACCUGUCGUGAAAUUGACACUCAACAUGAGCGCGGAUGGUCAGACGCCGAGAGUGGUACCUCCCAGCCGACGAAGAGAUAAGCCCAUUUUGUCGUGCACCCUUUGUCGACGCCGGAAGUGAGAAACUUGGCUCACCUGCCCAAAAGAACUGCAUGCUAAUUGACUGGAGGUUGAAAUGUGAUCGACAGCAGCCAUGCAAAACAUGUGUUGAUCGCGGACUCUCACUGUCGUGCGUCUAUGUUCGGAGUACACCGGUGCCCAAGGAACCCAAAAUCCCGAACAGCGUCCAUGACAGGAUCGAUCAACUAGAGAAGCUCGUCACCAAUCUCAUUGGCGGGAACGCGCUUGAUACUGCUGAUCCUGCACUUUCCAGCCCAUCGCAGGCGCGGCGGCACCAUAACGGUGGAAGUAAUGGCGAAUUGCCUGGCACGCCGGCUCGCAUGAAUCUCAGCUGCGAUGCAACAAGUUAUACGAACAGUAGCCACUGGACAAGCAUACUUGAUAGCAUAUCAGAGCUGCGCGAACAUCUUGAUCAGGUGCCCCUAUCACCCGAUCCAGAAGACGAAGUGGUGAAUGAUGUACCCGGCCCAGAGCUGCUGUUUGGACGCUAUGGCCAUGCGACCAGAGAAGAGCUCCUCGCCGCUCUUCCUCCACGGUCAGAAGCAGAUCGACUCAUUGAUACAUUCUUCAUAUCAAUGGAAUCACAUGCAACCCUAAUCCAUAAGCCAACCUUUCUCAAACAGUACAAUGAGCUGUGGACACAGCCAUUCCAAACUUCAACCAUGUGGUUGGGUGUACUCUACGCUGCGUUGGCUCUCGGCUUUCGUUUCCAAGCCGCGGUGAACGCUCAUCAGCCUAACAAUACUGAACCGGCCCCUGAUCUGGUGCGAAUGAACUUCUAUCGCGAGAAGGCAGUGCAAUGUAUGAUUCUUGCAAACUACACCAAAACACCGCCAUACACGAUCGAAGCAUUCUUAUUGUAUUUUGGUACCGAAUUUCUACGCUCAGCCGACAGCCAGUUCAGCAUCUACAUGCUUGUUGGCAUGCUUGUACGUCUUUGUUUCCGAAUGGGAUACCACAGGGACCCGUCGAGGUUUCCGAACAUCUCACCCCACGAAGGUGAGCUGAGACGUCGUAAAUGGCUCGUAGUCAUGUCGCUAGAUUUCACUACCUCGUCUCAAGCCGGACUGCCACGGACGAUCAUGCCGUUCAUGUACGACACUCAAGAGCCCCGCAACUUGGACGAAGAUGACCUUCACGAAGAGAUGAUAGAACUACCACCGUCAAGGCCCGAAACUGAGCUGACGCAACUACUUUACUCCAUCGUUCUCACAAGGUUGCGGAGUGUGCAGGCAAGAAUUGUAGAUCUUGUCAACGCUACAUCGCUGCCACCGUACGGAGAGAUCACCGAGAUGGACGCCACGCUUAGAGAUGUCUUCGAAAAGAUACCACAGUCGCCCACAGCAGAGACCUUCGACGAUCUUAGUACCGCUCUGUUACCAGACCUCAUGCGCUACACGUAUUUGAACGUAGCCUUCUUGAAGGCCGAGCUUUUGUUACAUCGACCCUACUUCGUACUGGGCCGAACCGAUAACAGAUAUGCAUACUCCCGCAGAGUCUGCUUGAAUGCUGCCGUAGAAAUGCUUCGCUUUCAGAGCAGACUUGACGCUGAAGUCCAACCAGGAGGCAGACUAACUUCACCAGGGUGGCGCCUCUCUACCAUGACCUGGUACAUGUCUUCAAUCAUUGCGCAAGACUUCUUGCUCGCCACCACUGUCUUGGUAGUCGAGCUUGAUGAGGACCUCAUUGCGCCCAUCCCACCGGCUUCUGAGCUUAUGGAAAGUGGGGUGCGACUGGACCAUGCAUCCCCAACGCGAGAGGAAAUCGUCGCGUCGCUGCGCUCGGCCUAUCAUAUCUGGAUCAGAGCUAGCAAGAGAUCGCAGGAGGCGCGGAAGGUUGCUACAGCCGUGAAGCUUGUUCUCUCUAAAGUUCACGGCAGUGGGGUACAGGUUAGCGACUCGGCGCACGCGACUCACAUAGGUACCCAACCUGAUUUAACUUCUCCGUCCCAGAUUUUCGACUUCAACAACCUUGAAUUUGCUGUUCCCGACUCGGAUGCAUUUGCUAUGGGCAAUAGUGCUUUUGGUCACCCGUUCGAUUUUGGCUUCAUGCCAAUGGAUCUGGACCAGUAUACAGUACCUCUCGACUGGGGUGAUGCGUUUCCCGACCUCCAGUCGCAGCCUCUUGGACAACAUCCUCCAGGAUCAUUCUUUUAGCAGUAGAACAGCUGCACGUUCAUGCAUUUGACCAGUUUUCGGUCGCUCUUCGAUAAGGAGAAGGCUUUGGCAAAUGUAAUUGAGCGACGUGGUAUCGCUCACGCAUUAUGCGGGGAGGCCACGAUCGUCCCUCCUAAAGUU